UUCUCGAACGGAGGGACGGUAUCAUACAAAAGGGGAACAGUUUUAAGAAUUGCCAAUUUAGUGUAUGAUAAAACUUAUCUCUGACAAAGACAGUUUCACUCAUACGUCGCUAAUAUUGAAAUUAGCACAGAUCACACCCAAAAUGUACCUCGAUUUACUUUGAUUUUUUUGAAAGGCUCCUGUGAUGUUUUGCUCAUGAACUAGCCCAUUUCCCGCUACCGAUGGCGAUCUUUGAUUGGUUCUCCCCUAGUUCAUUGACAGAGGUGUUUUACUAUUCUGUUUGUAAACGCCGGGUACACGUGCGCGCCCGGAGCCGGCGACUUUCUCACCUGCAUAAAUAAGGAAGCCCGGUGCGGCACUAAGGUAGUCUGGAAAACGGCGACAACGGAAGUGGUCCGGAAGAGGCACAGUGCUUUUCCUUGACAUCAUUUCAACCACGUCCGAGGCUUGCUUGUCUGUUUUUGAGCAAUUUUGCAACAGUGGAAAUUGGUUGUUUUGUCUCGUCGUCCGAAGGCAAGGUCCGCCCAAAGUGAUCUGAGUCGCGAAGCUCUGCAGCUGUCAGCUUAUAGACCGCCCUUUCACAUUGUCAGACUGCGAUACAUUCCGACACUAUGCUGUCGAUACACCUCCCUGGUAACAAUGCCACGCCCCUCUUUGUCCUACUGGCCUGCUGUUUAAGCGUGGCCUGCACAGGCGCAAUACCCUUGAACUACAAGGGACCGGACGCCGACCCGCAGCCCUCCAAGGCACACGGCGACCGCCCGACAACGCGGGCAGAGGUCGACGUCGACCAGUCUCGGCAGAAGACGGUGUUGGUGAAAGGCGAGAGAAUGCAGGAAGUACCUGCCGAGGUAUCUGGCUGGGUCUCAGACAACGGAACGGUGAGCCAACAGCGCAUGGUAAAACGAUCCGCCUCCUCGGGCAGAUACUGUCAGGUUGAGGAGGUUGUGGUGAUCCAGCACGACGGGCAGUGUAUCCAGGUUGGUACCAUGUCGGCCUGCGAGACGAGCACCUUCUUGGACCUUGGGAACGCCCACUGCACCACUACGCGAUAGCACCAUCAGCGACGACGGCAGCACCCUUUUUUUUGUUAGCCUAUCGCCCAUCCCCAGCUGUACUGGUGUUGGGCCAACACUGAAUCGGCAGACUAGUGCAAAAUCAGCCAGUUUAAAGUUGUAGCAUGUUGUUUAAAAGAAAACAUACACAAACUGUCAAGGUUUGCACUGUUGACAAUGAUAACUGUGUUUUGAAUUACAGAUUGUUUGCAUUGAUGUCAUAUAUUAUGUCCUGGCCCCCUCUUUGCCAGGUUUGAAAUCCUAGACGUUGAUGGCUACGGCUUUAUCAUUUUAAUCAUGGUGUAUUGCUCAAAUUACACAAAUUUGUAGCCAUAGCCGGAGAAUUCCCGCUUCAGACACGGCUGCAGGAGAGAUGGCGAUCCACUGAGAAUUGUGGGAGAUGUGACGUGCAGUGCAAAGGAUGUACUUGAUGCAACGAAAUGAAAUGACGUUAAAACAAUGGUUAUAUUGCAUGCAAACAACACACGCUUGCAAAAAGUCCUAAUCAUUUGUAUUCUGGUCGCGAUUUUGGAUACAAUUAUACGGCAUUCCUGACUGUAACCAGCUGACUUCUUGAAAAACACAUACUGUAAUAUAAACAACCUGCACUAUUUAUUCCGUAUUGUACGCGUUUAUUAUGUAUAUUUACUACUCUUUCGCUCGAUUACAGAAGAUGCAUUGUAAUUAUUACUAUAUUUGUAAAUAUUAUAAAACAAAAUGGUUGUACAUAAAUUGGUUAUGUAUGAUGCCUUAUAUAAUGCUAAGGAAGUACUCCGACCUACGUUGUGUAAGGAGCGUCCCCACCCCUUUUGAACAGAGCUUUCGCGAUUUGCAAGGAGUCUAAGCACCUGAUGUCUCAAACUUGGUGUGCUUCUUCACAGGUUGCAAAGAGGCCUGUGUAGGAACAUGAUAACAAUCAUUACAGACGUCACCGUGGCUCUGAAAGCCCGUAUGAGAGUUUGGACCUGACCUUCUAAUAAGUAUCAAGAUAGAACUUCAAUUGUCUUUAUCAAAACCCUUGAGCAAGAAUGCACCCUCUGUUUACCUUUCGUGAACCCCCACGUAUUUGUAAAUCAACAGCAAUGGAACAAUGCCAUUUUCCCCGCGAACAAGUUGAAUUCGAAGAGACGAAGUAUGAGACGGCAAGGGUUUUGUCUUUUUUUUUUAUAAACAAAAAUACGAGACGAUGGGGGAGUUAUUUCAUGUAGCUAAAACUGUGUUUGCUGAGCAUGUACUAAGGCCUAUACGCGUAUAAACUGAAGGGUGUUCGCUACAGAUGCGUGAAAUCAACGUCCAUUAAAAGUAAAACACGUAGUUACCAUGCUGAAUUCUCUUCAGUGCCCUGCGGUCUACUGUAAAACUUGGUGUUGUAUUUAUUAUACAAAUAUGUGAAUUAGAGGAUGCUGCAACGGCAGAUGCGAUUUUAGAUUGUACUCUUUAUCCCGUAGACAGGAAAUAUUCCUCCUGAAAAAUGGCAGUAUUUUAAAGAAAAUUCCUCGUUUUUGGUUUGCUGUUUCAUUUUAAUUAAAAAGUGAAAAGGUCAGAAUUUCCUCCAAAAAAAGUUCUCGAACAUUUCUGUCAAGCUCUUUGAUCUAUACAGAUCUGAAGAAAUAUCACCAACUCUGGGACAUAUUUUUUGUGGGAUUAAGGAAAAAAGAAUGAAUUCAUGUCCAUUUUGCAGCAUGUCUUUUGACAAAGAUUUCAUAAUAAAUCUUGCUUGACAUUCUUCCCUUUUAUUCGCUCUAGGUAAGGCUGUGCUAUAUGCUAACUGAAUUUAUUUAUCGAAUUCGAUUAUUUAUAUUUUGUAAUAUUUAUUGUUGUGAGGUGAUAAAUGACACAAUAAAUAAACUAUUCAGUGAUACGUAAA